CAGCAGCGCAGCACUGUGUGAAAGGGCGCACAGUGUAGUCAGCCAGGGACCCAGCUGUCAUGUCGGAGAGUGGGAGCCAGGAAGCCGCCGGGGCCCCGAACGGCAGCGACAGCCCGGCGACACGGGCACCUCGACCGGCCGUCGGCAACAGAGUGACCGUGGUGCUCGGGGCUCAGUGGGGCGAUGAGGGGAAGGGAAAAGUUGUGGAUCUCCUGGCACAAGACGCGGAUAUGGUGUGCAGAUGUCAGGGCGGCAACAACGCAGGACACACGGUGGUGGUGGACUCGGUGGAGUACGACUUUCACCUCCUCCCCAGUGGCAUCAUCAACCCCAAGGUCACUGCCUUCAUUGGCAACGGUGUUGUGAUCCACCUUCCAGGCCUGUUUGAAGAGGCAGAAAAGAACGAACGCAAAGGGAAAAGUCUAAAAGGCUGGGAGCAAAGGUUGAUCAUCUCAGACAGAGCACAUAUUGUGUUCGACUUCCACCAAGCAGUCGAUGGCGUUCAGGAACAGCAGAGACAAGAGCAAGCAGGCAAGAAUCUCGGGACAACAAAGAAGGGGAUUGGUCCAGUGUACUCGGCCAAGGCAGCACGUAGCGGCCUCAGGAUAUGUGACCUGCUGGCUGACUUCACUCAGUUCUCUGAAAGGUAUAAAGUAUUGGCCCAGCAGUACAAGUCUAUGUACCCCACUCUCGAGAUUGACAUAGAGGGAGAGCUGGUCAAAUUAAAGGACUACGUGGAGCGGAUUAAGCCCAUGGUGAGAGACGGUGUGCACUACAUGUACGAGGCUCUUCAUGGUCCUCCUAAGAAGAUCCUGGUGGAAGGAGCCAACGCGGCGCUGCUGGACAUAGACUUUGGGACGUACCCUUUUGUGACAUCAUCCAACUGCACGGUGGGCGGGGUGUGUACGGGCCUCGGCAUGCCGCCUCAGAACGUCGGGGAGGUUUACGGGGUUGUCAAGGCGUACACCACCAGAGUGGGCAUUGGAGCAUUCCCCUCAGAGCAGAGCAACGAGAUCGGAGAGCUGCUACAGACUCGGGGGAAGGAGGUGGGCGUGACCACAGGCAGGAAAAGACGAUGUGGUUGGCUGGAUCUGGUGCUCAUCAGAUAUGCACACAUGAUCAAUGGCUUCACUGCUUUAGCUCUCACCAAACUUGACAUACUUGACGUGCUCCCAGAGAUCAAAGUGGGUGUAGCGUACAAAGUCGACAACCAAACUAUACCUCACUUUCCAGCCAAUCAGGAAGUACUGCAGCGUGUGGAGGUCCAGUAUGAGACGCUGCCCGGCUGGAACAGCGACACCUCGGCUGCUAGAAGCUUCGAGGAGCUGCCUGAGAACGCCCAGAAAUAUGUCCGCUUCGUUGAGGAGCAUGUGGGAGUGCCUGUCAAAUGGAUCGGAGUGGGAAAGUCCCGGGAAUCCAUGAUCCAGCUGUUCUAGACGAGGGGGGCAGAGAAACGCAAUCAAAGAGGAUGCACACAUCAGUGAAUCAACUGUACCCUUCUUCCCCUAACCCCCACCCACCCACACACACACACACACACACACACAAACACAGCCUACCUGUCUCAACUCUCCGACAGAGACACGACCAUCAUGUCUGUUUUUGAUGCUUCACACCAGUGUGUCAUCAGACCCCCAUUACAGUUCGGACCUCUGUGGAUCAGACUCCCAUUAGACUGACCUCCCUGUAUGAGUGGUUCCCAACGUCUCCAUCUGGAUUUUUAACAGUUUUAAACUUUAAGAUAACAUCUCUUUUAAUUUGGCCCUGUUUAUACCGUAGUCGUUUAUUUCUGACAUACAACACACUGCGACACCAGCUGCCAUCAGGUUUCUGAGAGAGGACAUAAGGGAAUGGACUCCACAUACACACCACACACACACACACACCACACCACACACAGACGCAGACAGGGGAUCAGUGCCCAGAGGAACUGUCCACAGAUGUUUGAUCGGUCAGACUUUGUUCAAGUGUAUUUUUGUUAAUCUAUGCUGUGUUUUAAAUGCGCUGUGCCAGUCCAGUGUACAUCAAUUAAGGAGUUUAAAUAAGUUUUAAAAUCGUACUUCAGAUGCUUUGGACUACAUCUGCUUCAUGUUUUAUUUUGCCAGGUGUGCACCACAUCCUGACUUGAUAAAGGGAUUUGUUAAUAUUUUAAAUGUGUCUUUUUGUUUUGUUUUUUUUGUCAGACAAAUGUUAAAGACUUCUUAUGUUGCCUUGUCAUUCAACCAAAAAAUUAGCUUUUAAAUUUCUUGUAGCUAGAGAUUACUUCCACUAAAUGCUGUUUAUUGAAAUGUUGACACACAUCUUCCCGUACUGUGAAACAGCUCAUGAUUUUCGGUUUAAUUUUGAAGUAGUUGAGUUUUUUUUUUUUAAACUAACAGAUAGUCUGGUGUAAGUAUCACUGUUUCAAAUGAAAAUCAGAUUAUUAGGUCAGCAUCUGUCCUCUCACAUUCUUGUGAUUUUUUUAAUCUAAUAAUUAGCAUUGAUUACUUUGAAUCUUUAAGUACAGUGUUCUGUUCAAGUGUAGAGGAAGGUACACACAGUUUUACACAGAAAGAAGAAAAGCCUAAAUAUGGAUGGAUAAAUACUCUGUAAGACAGUUGGUCAUCUUUUGCUUUGUUUUUUUGUCCAAUUUUUUUGUCAUGUGUUUUUAAAACCAGUGAGUGAGAAAACUACUACACUGUCAAAAACAGACAAAAAGUUGGAGGGGUCAAAAGCUAUGAUAUCCUGACUUUUACCCUCUAGUAUGGGUCCGAGCUUCUUGAAUGCUGGAUCCUACAUUUCCCAUAAUGCAAGUCAGUUCACCUUUCAUUAGGCCACGUUCACACCAUGUGGGGUAGAUGGUAGAGAUGGGGAAAGAUUCCCACUUUAACAAUCCACUAAAUCAAAAUGGUUGUGUGGUUGUUAACAUACUGUGCACUGACAAUAUAACACAGUGUUCAUUCAACUUUGGUUUAAUUACAUUGAGAGUGGAUUUGGGCUGACUCAUGUCGUCCAUUUUUGGUUUUAGGCACUGGUAUAUUACAAAGUCAGAUCCAUAGCUAUUAGAAGAGUCAGAGCUGACUCAUGAAUAUGAACAUCAUGUUGACAUGAACAUUAUUUAUAAGCUGUAAACUCAUGAUUACACUCCACUUUUAUAUGACAUAAAUGUGGCAUUGUACAGCCACAGAAGAAAUGUAACUGUUUUCAACUCUCGGUGAAGCCGAACUAAAUUUUUGAUGCAAAAUUGUCACAGAUGUUUCAUAGACACACAUAGUCAAUUUUGCUGCGAAGCAUUGAGUCAAAUGAUUGAUAUCUGAUUUAAUCUAAAACUCAUGUUUGUCGAAGUCAAUGAUAUAAAAUGAUAUGUGAUCCAUGCUGACCUAAACAUGAUACUCAGAUACAGUCUGAACCACUUCUCUCAGGACAUUAUUAACAGGGGAUUUUUUUUUUUCUUAUUAAAUGUAUUAACUCAGAAAAACCCCAUGUAUAGUGUCAACAACUCCUUUGAAUUUAAAUGGCUGUUUUCUGAAUUCCUGCAAAGCAAUUCUGCAUUUAUCAGAAUCAAAGCAGCUCCCAUUGAUAAACAAAGAAAAUCAUUCAACUCUGAUUCAUUGACGCACUGUUGCUCCAGUCUGUCCCCUAGUGGCGGUUAAGAGGGGCGACAACAGUAAACCAGGUUCAUUCACUCAUCUUUCUCUGCUUUUCUGAGCAAUGUACGUUUGUUAUCUGUGACCCUGUAUCUCCUGUUUCCUAACACUCUGUUUUUUGUUUUGUUUUUUUUUUCUCCUGCUGUGUUAACUGCACAUUUAUCCCUUUACUUGCUCACACUGCCAACUUUCACCUAAUCCCCUUUCACAGACUUCUACCUUCUGGCAUCUGGUUAAGACUAAAUGAAUGUUUUAGGCUACGUACGCACAAUAUACUCACAAAAACACAUAACCGUGCUAACUCUUUUGUUCUUAUUUGACCCCUUAUGUGCAGUUUCCCUCAUUUUAUUUCCAGUUCAGUGAUUUUCAGGUUGAGAAAAAAAAACAAUCAUCACAUUUUCCAAAAAUUUACCCUGACAUGAUGUUUUGGUGUCUUUGGAAACUUUGGGAUCUCCAGUAGAAUUUAAAAUAAAGUUCUGUGGGUUUGAACAAC